AAACAAGAAAUUGAAAAACGUUUCUUCUUUCAUGAUUUUGUGCGUUAAAUUUGUUGUAAUAGGUUUGUAAUUUGUAAUUUAUUAGUAAUAACGUAGUAGUGGUAGUUAAAAACUAUUUUUCAGGUCAAGGAAGAUACAGUUAUUAAUUUAACAGUUUAUUGUUUAUUGUUUAAAGGUUAAACUUUUUAUUGAAGUUAAUUGAACGCUCAAUAAAGUUUCUUCCAUCAUAAUGGCAGACAAAAAGUCCGGCCCCAGUGGUCCCGGUGGUGGCGGAGGGCCUGGUGGCGGUGGCGGUGGUGGAGGUGGUGGUGGUGGAGACAACAAGGAAAAACGCCGGAAGGAAUCGAUUCUGGAUCUGAGCAAGUAUUUGGAGAAAACGAUCAGAGUAAAAUUUUCCGGCGGCCGAGAAGCGGCCGGCGUGUUGAAAGGUUACGAUCCGCUGCUUAAUUUGGUGCUGGACAAUACGGUUGAGUUUUUGCGCGAUCCGGAUGAUUACAAACUGGCAGAGGAAACGCGACAUCUGGGGCUAGUCGUGUGUCGGGGGACGUCGGUUGUGCUGAUAUGUCCCCAGGAGGGAAUGGAGUCGAUACAGAAUCCUUUCAUUACACAGGAGGGGUAAGUAAUGUGUUGCUUAUGAGGUUUCUCAGGACAAAAUAAAAAUCAAGACACAGUUCAAGGUUUUAGAUUUAAUUUAUUUUGAUUUUUCAAGAUAAAGAAGUAGCUCCGAACAGUAGACUACGUUUGUACAAUUUUCAUUAUUAUUUUUUCAUUCGCAAUGCAAUUGCAAAUUUAAAUUUGUUAGGGUAAAGUGGAUUCAUUCCAUCAUUGAACUCAAUAAUUAUUUAUGAAUUUCUUAUAACUAGAACUGUAUCGGCUUCUGCUGUUUUCCAUCUGCAUUUUUGGCACCUAAAAUAAUUCCUAUGAACAAUUUCAUUUACGCUCUACGUUAUUAAAUAUUGCAACAGAAAAAAAAUAACAAAACAAUAAACUUAAUUAUAUCAA